AACGCAGCCUGGAACCCCGCGCCCGGCGCCUGGCGGGAGGGGGUGUGGCGCGCAGGGGUGGUGCUGGGCCCCUGCCUAGAGGCUAAAGCCGCCUGGGUGACCUUCGCAUCCGACAGGAGCAGGCUGCGGGAGGUGGGGAGGCCUAACCCCCCAGUUUGCAGCCCGGAGGAGGAACCGAUCGGCUUGCGGAGGGAGAGGGAGGGCGGGGAGAGCCGCCGAGCCGCCGGCGCUGGAGGGAGUGCACGCCAGUCGGGUCGAGCGCUGGAGCCGGGCGGGAGCCGCUGGCCCGAGCGGGGCUGGGAUUGUUGCACUCGGUCACCAGGGUGGCAGGCCGGCCGCAGCCCCGCAGACUGCGCCCGAGGCCCCGCACAGGGCGCGCGGACAGCAGCGCACCGCACCCCGCGGUCCAGCGGAUCCCCGGCGCAGAGCCCUGAGGAGGCGAUCGCUCGCUCGCGUCGCCUCGCUGCUGGGAACCUGACCGAGGCCGAGAGUGAAGGUAAAAGGAAAGACAGAGACAGAGAGAAGUGCAAGAAGAACCAAUUGCUAACAAAUUGUUCUUGAGGUCAUCUAAGAAGGCUGUCUGAAAACAAAAGAAAAAGUGGAUCUAUCUUUGGGAGGACUGUCUCCUUACUGGCCACUGCCAGGACCUGGAUUCAUCUGUGACUCAAACAGACCUAAAAAGUUCACAUAAGCUGUCUGGAGUGGAGUAGUCUUGCCCUGCCUUGGGGGACAUCUCUUGGUGUUGGCUUCAUGCUACAUGAGGAACCAUGGCAACAUCCAGGACAGCCUCGCGGUCUCAUAGGGACAUCACCAACGUGAUGCAAAGGCUUCAAGAUGAGCAAGAGAUUGUACAAAAACGUACUUUCACAAAAUGGAUCAACUCUCAUCUGGCCAAGCGGAAGCCCCCCAUGGUGGUGGAUGAUCUUUUUGAAGACAUGAAGGAUGGUGUCAAGCUCCUUGCUCUUCUGGAGGUCCUGUCUGGGCAAAAACUGCCUUGUGAACAAGGACGCCGCACAAAACGCAUCCACGCUGUGGCUAACAUUGGAACUGCGCUCAAAUUCCUUGAAGGAAGAAAGAUUAAAUUAGUCAACAUUAACUCCACUGACAUAGCUGAUGGCCGGCCAUCAAUAGUUCUUGGAUUGAUGUGGACCAUUAUUCUGUAUUUCCAGAUUGAAGAGCUGACUAGCAACCUGCCACAGCUGCAGUCAUUGUCCAGCAGUGCAUCCUCUGUGGACAGUAUCGUCAGCAUUGAGACCGCCAGCCCACCAAGCAAACGCAAGGUGGCCACCAAGAUCCAGGGUAAUGCUAAGAAGACACUGUUGAAAUGGGUUCAGUACACAGCAGGAAAGCAGAUAGGGAUAGAAGUGAAGGACUUCGGGCGGAGUUGGCGAAGUGGGGUUGCCUUCCAUUCAGUCAUCCAUGCGAUCCGACCUGAGCUGGUGGACUUAGAGAGGGUGAAGAUCAGAUCGAACAGAGAGAACCUGGAGGAGGCUUUCAUGAUUGCUGAAACGCACCUGGGCAUCCCAAGACUGCUAGAUCCUGAAGAUGUGGAUGUGGACAAGCCAGAUGAGAAGUCCAUCAUGACCUAUGUUGCCCAGUUUCUGAAACGCUAUCCUGACGUCCACAGUGCAGGCACCGAUGGGCAAGAGAAUGAUAGAGAAGACAGACUAAUUUUGAAAGAAACAAAAGUUUGGAUAGAACAAUUUGAAAGAGAUUUGACAAGGGCACAGAUGACAGAAUCAAAUUUGCAAGAUAAAUAUCAGUCAUUUAAGCACUUCAGAGUUCAAUAUGAAAUAAAAAGGAAACAGAUUGAACAGUUAAUACAACCGUUGCAUAGAGAUGGUAAAUUGUCACUUGACCAAGCAUUGGUCAAACAAUCUUGGGACAGAGUGUCUUCCAGGCUCUUUGAUUGGCACAUAGAGCUUGACAAAUCUCUUCCUGCCCCUCUGGGGACUAUAGGGGCCUGGCUAUACAGGGCAGAGGUGGCCCUGGGAGAGGAGAUAACCAUUCAGCAGGUCCAUGAGGAAACAGCAAAUACAAUACAACGGAAACUUGAGCAGCAUAAGGAUCUGCUUCAAAACACAGAUGCCCACAAAAGAGCAUUCCAUGAAAUCUACAGGACCAGGUCUGUUAACGGGAUCCCAGUGCCACCUGAUCAACUAGAGGACAUGGCCGAGAGGUUUCAUUUCGUUUCCUCUACAUCAGAGCUACACCUAAUGAAAAUGGAAUUUCUAGAAUUAAAGUACCGUCUGCUCUCACUGCUGGUUCUUGCAGAGUCGAAGCUGAAGUCUUGGAUCAUCAAGUAUGGGAGACGGGAGUCCGUGGAGCUGCUUCUGCAGAACUACAUCUCUUUUAUAGAAAACAGUAAGUUUUUUGAACAAUAUGAAGUGACAUACCAGAUCUUGAAGCAGACAGCUGAAAUGUAUGUUAAAGCAGAUGGCUCAGUGGAAGAAGCUGAGAAUGUGAUGAAAUUCAUGAAUGAGACCACUGCUCAGUGGAGGAACCUCUCGGUGGAGGUGAGGAGUGUGAGGAGCAUGCUGGAGGAGGUGAUCUCCAACUGGGAUCGCUAUGGCAACACCGUGGCUAGUCUUCAAGCCUGGCUGGAGGAUGCAGAGAAAAUGCUAAACCAAUCAGAAAAUGCCAAAAAGGAUUUUUUUCGAAACUUGCCUCAUUGGAUCCAGCAGCAUACUGCCAUGAAUGAUGCUGGCAACUUUCUAAUUGAAACUUGUGAUGAGAUGGUUUCCCGUGACCUUAAGCAGCAAUUGCUGCUGCUGAAUGGGCGAUGGAGGGAGUUGUUUAUGGAAGUCAACCAAUAUGCUCGAGCUGACGAGAUGGACAGAAUGAAGAAAGAAUACACAGACUGUGUUACCACCCUCUCUGAUUUUGCAACAGAAGCCCAUAGGAAACUUUCUGAGGCCUUAGAAGUCUCCUUUCUUAAUGUCAGGUUAUUAAUUCAAGACUUGGAGGACAUUGAGCAGAAGUUACCUGUUAUGGACGCUCAGUACAAGAUGAUGACAAAGACAGCACAUCUUGUUGCCAAAGAAAGCCCUCAAGAGGAAGCUAAUGAAAUGUUUGCAACCAUGUCCCAGCUCAAAGAAAAGCUAAGCAAGGUCAAAGAAUGUCAUUCCCCACUCCUGUAUGAGUCCCAGCAGCUGUCAGUUCCAUUGGAGGAGCUGGAAAAGCAGAUGACAUGCUUCUAUGAGUCACUUGGGAAAAUCAAUGAGAUUAUAACCGUUCUUGAGCACGAGGCACAAUCUAGUGCUCUUUUUAAACAAAAACAUCAGGAGCUGGUAGCUUGCCAAGAAAGCUGUAAGAAGACUUUAACACUCAUUGACAAGGGCAGUCAAAGUGUUCAAAAGUUUAUAAGCAUGAGCAAUGUCUUAAAGCAUUUUGAUCAGACAAAGCUACAGAGACAGAUUGCAGAUGUUCAUUUUGCUUUUCAGAACAUGGUAAAGAAAACUGGAGACUGGAAGAAGCACGUGGAAGCCAACAGCCGCUUGAUGAAGAAGUUUGAGGAGUCUCGGGCAGAGUUGGAAAAGGUGCUGCGUGUCGCUCAGGAGGGCCUGGAGGAGAAGGGGGACCCUGAAGAACUCCUGCGUAGACACACCGAGUUCUUCAGCCAGCUGGAUCAGAGGGUGCUUAAUGCUUUCCUGAAAGCUUGCGAUGAGCUCACAGACAUCCUCCCCGAGCAGGAGCAGCAAGGGCUGCAGGAAGCUGUCAGGAAGCUCCAUAAGCAGUGGAAGGAUCUUCAAGGAGAAGCCCCUUAUCAUUUGCUCCAUCUGAAAAUCGCAGUGGAAAAGAACAGAUUCUCUGCCUCUGUAGAAGAAUGCAGAGCUGAGCUGGACCGAGAGACCAAGCUGGUGUCCCAGGAAGGCAGCGAAAAGACCAUUAAAGAGCAUAGGAUUUUCUUCAGUGACAAAGGUCCUCAUCAUCUCUGUGAGAAAAGGCUACAAUUCAUUGAGGAACUGUGUGAGAAACUCCCAACACGGGACCCAGUAAGGGACACACCUAAAACCUGUCACAUGGCUCUCAAAGAACUCAGAGCUGCCAUUGACAGCACCUAUGUGAAGCUCAUGGAAGACCCAGACAAAUGGAAGGACUAUAUUAGCAGAUUUUCUGAGUUCUCAUCUUGGAUGUCUGCCAAGGAGAAACAGUUGAAGAGAAUCAAGGAUGAAGCUAUUGAUACUGCCAACCACGAAGAGGUUAAGCGUGCUGUCGAUGAGAUUAGAAAUGAUGUUACCAAAAAAGGCGAGACUCUUAGCUGGCUGAAAUCCAGGCUUAAAAUUUUGAUUGAAGUUUCUUCUGAGAGUGAAGCCCAAAAGCAAGGAGAUGAGCUAGCAGACUUAUCCAGCUGUUUCAAGGCAGUGGUGACUCUGCUGUCAGAGGUGGAGAACAUGGUCAGCAACUUUGGGGACUGCAUUCAGUACAAAGAAAUAGUGCAAAGUUCCAUGGAGGAGUUAAUUUCUGGCUCUCAGGAGGUCCAGGAAGAGGCAAAAAAGAUCCUGGACUCUGAAAAUCUGCUCGAAGCACAGCAGUUCCUUCUUCAUCACCAGCAAAAGACCAAGCUGAUCUCGGCCAAGCGGAGGGACCUGCAGCAGCAGAUGCAGCGUGCGCAGCAGGGGCCGGGCGGGCCAGCAGGGCCGGGCCACAAGGAGCUGCAGGAGCUGGACAGCACCCUGGCCGGCCUGGAGCAGAGCCGGGAGAGGCAGGAGCGCCGCAUCCAGGUCACCUUAAGGAAAUGGGAACGAUUUGAGACAAGCAAGGAGACAGUGGUCAGAUACCUUUUUCAAACAGGUUCCAGCCAUGAGCGCUUCCUGAGUUUCAGCAGUUUGGAAAGCUUAUCUUCAGAAUUGGAGCAGACAAAGGACUUUUCUAAGAGGACAGAAAGUAUUUCAGUCCAGGCUGAGAACCUUGUAAAGGAAGCUUCUGAGAUACCGCUUGGGCCCAGGAAUAAGCAGCUGCUUCAGCAGCAGGCCAAGUCAAUCAAAGAGCAAGUCAAAAAGCUAGAAGACACACUUGAAGAAGAUAUUAAAACGAUGGAAAUGGUGAAAACCAAGUGGGAUCAUUUUGGCAGUAAUUUUGAGACCCUGUCCAUCUGGAUAACUGAGAAAGAAAAUGAACUCAAUGCCUUGGAAACUUCGCCAUCUGCCAUGGACAUGCAAAUCAGCCAAAUUAAGGUCACAAUUCGGGAAAUAGAAAGUAAGAUCAGCAGCAUUACAGGAUUAGAAGAUGAGGCUCAGUCUUUUGCUCAAUUUAUUACCACUGGAGAAGCUGCUCGAAUCAAAGCCAAGUUGACACAAGUAAGAAGAUACUGGGAAGAACUCCGAGAGCAUGCACAAUGCCUGGAAGGAACAAUCUUGGGGCAUUUAUCUCAGCAGCAAAUGUUUGAAGAGAAUCUUAGAAAGAUUCAACAGUCUCUGUCUGAAUUUAAAGACAGACUUGAUUCUCCAAUUAAAAUAUGUUCUUCAGCUACAGAAACAUACAAAGUUCUCCAAGAACAGAUGGACCUGUGUCAGGCGCUGGAGUCUCUGAGCAGCACGAUCGCCACCUUCUCAGCCAGUGCCCGGAAGGUGGUGAACAGAGACUCCUGCAUCCAGGAGGCUGCAGCCAUACAGCAGCAGUAUGAGGGCACACUAAGGAGGGCCAAAGAGAGACAGACUGUGCUGGAGGACCUGCUGGCCCACUGGCAGAGGCUAGAAAAAGAACUGUCAUCCUUUUUGACCUGGUUAGAACGGUGUGAGGCCAUAGCCAGUUCCCCAGAAAUGGACAUUUCUGCAGACAGAGUCAAAGUGGAAGGCGAACUUCAGUUGAUACAGGCACUGCAAACUGAAGUUGUGUCACAGGCAUCCAUCUACAGCAACCUUCUGCAGUUGAAGGAAUCCCUGUUCUCAGUAGCCUCCAAGGAGGAUGUGAAAAUGGUGAAGCUACAUUUGGAGCAGUUGGACGAGAGGUGGAGAGACUUACCACAGAUGGUUAGCAAAAGGAUGAGUUUUCUUCAGUCUGUGGUGGCUGAGCACCAGCGAUUUGAUGAGCUGCUGCUUUCUUUUUCUGUCUGGAUUAAGCUGUUUCUCAGUGAGUUACAAACUACCUCUGAGAUAAGCUUAAUGGAUCACCAAGUGGCCCUUACCCGGCACAAGGACCAUGUGGCACAAAUAGAGAACAAAAAAGAAGAAUUGCAGAGUCUGCAGGCCCACUUAGCAAAGCUGGGUUCUCUGGGCCGAGCUGAGCACCUCUGCCUCCUCCAGGGCAAGGCAGAGGACUGCUUCCAGCUCUUUCAGGAGGCCCACCAGGUGGUGGAGAGGCGGCAGCUCGCCCUAUCCCAGUUGGCACAGUUCCUCCAGAGCCACGCCUCACUGUCUGGGGUUCUCCAUCAGCUGAGGCAAACGGUAGAAUCAACCAGCAGCAUGAAUAAGAAGCAGUCAGACUUGCUAGAAAAGGACCUCAGUGACGCCAUGCAAGAUGUGAAGACACUAGAAUCUACUGCCAUCAGUCUCGAUGGCAUCCUUACCAAAGCCCAGUACCAUCUGAAAGAUGGGAGCACAGAGCAGAGGACUUCCUGCAGAGCUGUGGCUGAUCAGCUCUGUUCAGAAGUAGAGCGGAUCCAGAACCUUUUGGGAACCAAGCAGAGUGAGGCAGAUGCUCUGGCAGUAUUGAAAAAAGCAUUCCAAGACCAGAAAGAGGAGUUGCUGAAAAGCAUCGAGGACAUUGAAGAAAGGACGGACAGAGAGAGACUGAAAGAACCCACCCGCCAAGCACUACAGCAGAGGCUGAGAGUGUUCAAUCAGCUAGAAGAUGAGUUGAAUUCUCACGAGCAUGAACUAUGUUGGUUGAAAGACAAAGCCAAACAAAUUGCCCAGAAAGAUGUGGCUUUUGCACCAGAAGUGGACAGGGAGAUCAAUCGCUUAGAAGUCACCUGGGAUGACACCAAGAAACUAAUUCAUGAAAACCAGGGGCAGUGCUGUGGACUUAUUGACUUAAUGAGGGAAUAUCAGAACUUGAAGUCAGUGGUGUCUAAAGUCCUAGAAGAUGCAAGAAGUGUCAUUGGAACUAGAACUACUAUAAAAGAUCAGGAAGACCUUAAAUGGGCUUUUUCCAAGCAUGACACUGUCAAGAACGAAAUGGAUUGUAAACAGAAGGAGCUGGACAGUUUUACCAGCAAAGGCAAGCACCUGUUAUCUGAGCUGAAAAAACUCCACAGUGGUGACUUCAAGUUGGUGAAAACAGACAUGGAAAGUACCGUGGACAAGUGGCUAGAUGUCUCAGAGAAGAUUGAAGAAAAUAUGGACAGGCUGAGAGUAAGCCUGUCCAUUUGGGAUGACAUCCUUUCAAGUAAAGAUGAAAUUGACGGAUGGUCAAACAACUCUCUUCCACAGCUGACUGAAAACAUCAGCAACCUGGACAACAGCCUCAAAGUUGAAGAAUUCCUUAAAGAAUUUGAGUCUGAAGUUAAAAAUAAAGCCUUGAAAUUAGAAGAAGUACAUUCCAAAGUUAAUGGUCUCAAAGAAUUAACUAAAAAUCCAGAAACGCCACCAGAACUUCAGUUUAUAGAAGCAGACUUACGGCAGAAACUGGAGCAUGCCAAAGAAAUAACUGAAGAAGCAAAAGGCACCUUGAAGGAUUUCACCACUCAGCGCACACAAGUGGAGAAGUUUAUUAGAGAUGUAACACCAUGGCUGGCCGAGGAGAAAGAAUCGUUGCUGAACUGUGCCCAAACCGAGACUUGUGAAGGAGUGAGAAAGGUCAAGGAAAUACUAAAAGAACUUCAGAGUCAGCAAAACAACAUCAGCUCCACCCAAGAAAAUCUCAAUAGCUUGUGUCGCAAGUACCACUCGGUGGCACUGGAGAGCCUGGGCCAGGCCAUGACGGGGCUGAUAAAGAAGCACGAAGCCGUGAGCCAGCUAUGCUCUAAGAUGCAGGCCAGUCUGCAGGAUUCUCUGGAAAGACACUUCAAUGAGUCUAUGCAGGAAUUCCAAGAAUGGUUUAUGGGAGCAAAAGCAGCAGCCAAAGAAUCUUCUGACAGAACUGGGGACAGCAAAGCUCUCGAGGCGAAACUCCAGGAUCUGCAGAAUGUCUUGGACUCCAUCAGUGAUGGGCAAAACAAGCUUGAUACGGUGACUCAAGAAGGACAAACUCUAUACACACAUUUGUCUAAACAAAUGGUCAGCAGUAUCCAGGAACAGAUCACAAAGGCAAAUGAAGAGUUUCAAGCAUUUCUGAAACAAUGUCUUAAAGACAAGCAGGCUCUCCAAGACGCUGCUUCAGAGCUGGGGAGCUUUGAGGAUCAGCACAGAAAACUGACAUUAUGGAUCCAUGAGAUGGAAGAAAGGUUAAAGACAGAAAACUUGGGAGAGAGUAAACAGCACCUUCCUGAGAAGAAGAACGAAGUUCAUAAAGUUGAAAUGUUUCUGGGAGAACUGCUGACCGCAAGAGAGUCUCUGGACAAGCUUUCCCAGAGAGGGCAGCUGCUUGGUGAAGAAGGCCAUGGUGCAGGGCAAGGAGGCCGUCUGUGCUCCCAGCUCCUCACCAGUUACCAGAACUUACUCAGGGCGACCAAGGAGAAACUGCGGGGCUGCCAGCUGGCCCUCCAGGAGCACGAAGCCCUGGAAGAAGCACUGCAGAGCGUGUGGUCCCGGGUGAAAGACAUUCAGGACAGACUGGCUCAUGCAGAGAGCACUGUAGGGUGCAAGGAGACCUUGAAGAAACGGCUGUCACAGAUACAGGAUAUUCUCCUGAUGAGAGGUGAAGGAGAAGUGAAGUUGAACAUGGCCAUUGGUAAAGGAGAACAGGCUGUGAGAAGCAGCAACAGAGAAGGCCAGAAGGCAAUUCAGGCUCAGCUAGAGACCCUUAAGACCAUGUGGGCGAACAUCAUGAGUUCCUGUGUCCAGGCUCAGAGCACUCUAGAGGCUGUGAUCCGCCAGUGGGACGACUAUCUAGAGAGGAAAAACCAGUUGGAACAGUGGAUGGAAUCGGUGGAUCAAAAAGUCGAGCAUCCCUUGCACCUGCAACCAGGCCUAAAAGAGAAGUUCUCCCUGCUGGACCACUUUCAGUCUGUCAUCACUGAGGCGGAGGAGCACACUGGGGCUCUGCACAGCCUCACAGCCAAGUCCAGGGAGCUCUACGAGAGGACUCGGGAUGAAUCUUUCCAGGAAAGUGCUCAGGAGGAACUGAGGACACAGCUUCAUGAUAUAACCACUGUGGCCAAGGAGAAAAUGAGAAAAGUGGAAGAGAUUGUGAAAGACCACCUCAUGUACUUAGAUGCAGUCCAGGAAUUCACCGACUGGCUCCAUUCAGCCAAGGAAGAACUUCACCGAUGGUCAGACAUGUCUGAGGAUUCAUCAGCCGCCCAGAAAAAGUUGUCCAAAAUUAAGGAGCUGAUAGAUUCCAGAGAGAUCGGUGCUGGCCGCCUGAGCCGAGUGGAGUGGCUGGCCCCUGCAGUGAGACAGAACACAGCUGCCAGUGGGUAUGAGCUCAUGCUCACAGAGAUGCAGGCCCUGCGAGCCGACUGGAAGCAGUGGGAAGACAGCGUGUUCCAGACGCAGAGCAACCUGGAGAACCUGGUCAGUGAAAUGGCCCUCUCAGAGCAGGAGUUCUCAAGCCAGGUGGCCCAACUUGAGCAGGCCCUGAAAGAGUUCAGUGCCCUUCUGAAAACCUGGGCCCAGCAGCUAACCUUCCUGGAAGGCAAGAACACAGAUAAGGAGGUAGUGGAAGGCUGGCACAAAGCACAAGAGAUCCUGGAUGCCUUACAAAAAGCAGAGCCCACGACAGAGUUGCUCAAGUCUCAACUGAAUGAGCUCUGUCGAUUUUCAAGGGACCUGAGUCCAUACAGUGGGGAAGUUUCUGACUUGAUUAAAGAAUAUAAUUGUCUUUGUUUGCAAGCAUCCAAGGGCUGCCAGAAUAAAGAGCAGAUUUUACAGCAAAGAUUUCAAAAAGCCUUCAGGGAGUUCCAGCAGUGGUUGAUGAACGCAAAAAUCACAACUGCUAAAUGUUUUGAUGUUCCUCAGAACAUGAAUGAAGUUUCAGCAAGUCUUCAGAAAAUACAGGAGUUUUUGUCUGAGAGUGACAAUGGGCAGCAUAAGCUAAACACAAUGCUGGCAAAAGGAGAGCUUCUGAGUUCUGUGCUGACCAAAGAAAAGGCGAAAGGUGUCCAGGCCAAAGUUGCAACUGCAAAAGAAGAUUGGAAAACUUUUCAUUCAAAUCUGCACCAGAAGGAAUCUGCCCUAGAGAGUCUAAAGAUCCAAAUGAAGGACUUCGAAGUGAGUACUGAACCUGUACAGAACUGGCUGAGUAAAACCGAGAAACUGGUCCAGGAAAGCAGCAACCGCCUUUAUGAUCUGCCAGCGAAGAGGAGAGAGCAACAGAAACUCCAGUCUGUCCUUGAGGAAAUCCACUGCUAUGAGCCUCAGCUCAACAGGCUGAAGGAGAAAGCUGUGCAGCUGUGGGAAGGACAAGCUGCUAGCAAGAGCUUUGUGCACAGAGUGUCUCAACUGUCUUCUCAGUAUCUAGUGCUAAGCAAUUUAACCAAGGAGAAAGUGUCGAGACUGGACAGAAUCGUCGCCGAGCACAAUCAGUUCUCCCUUGGAAUGAAAGAACUGCAGGACUGGAUGACAGACACAGUUCACAUGCUGGACUCCUACUGCCACCCAACAUCUGACAAGAGUGUGCUGGACAGCAGGAUGCUCAAACUUGAGGCUCUGUUAUCGGUGAAACAGGAAAAAGAGAUCCAGAUGAAAAUGAUUGUGACCAGGGGGGAGUAUGUCCUGCAGAAUACCUCUCCAGAAGGCAUUCCUGCUAUUCAGCAGCAACUACAGGCUGUGAAGGAUAUGUGGGCAUCCCUCCUGUCUGCAGCGAUUCGCUGUAAAAGUCAACUCGAAGGAGCUCUUUCUAAGUGGACGAGUUAUCAGGAUGACAUUCGACAGUUUUCCAGUUGGAUGGAUGGUGUGGAAGGCAGCCUAAACGAAACAGAGAGGCAGAAUGCAGAGCUGCGGGAGAAAGUAACUGCUCUUGGAAAAGCCAAGUUAUUAAAUGAAGAAGUGCUGAGUCAUAGCAGCAUGCUGGAGACCAUUGAAGUCAAAGGAGCAGGCAUGACAAAGCAUUAUGUCACCCAGUUAGAGCUCCAGGACCUGCAGGAACGAUACCUAGCAAUCAAAGAGCGGGCCAAGGAAACAGUAACCAAGUAUGAAAAACUUGUCCGGCUGCACCAAGAGUAUCAGAGAGACCUGAAGGCAUUUGAAGUUUGGCUGGGGCAGGAACAAGAAAAGCUCAACCGAUACUCAGUUCUUGAAGGUGAUGCCCACAGUCACGAGACAACCUUGCGAGAUCUUCAGGAGCUGCAAGUGCACUGUGCAGAGGGCCAGGCGCUGCUGAAUUCAGUGUUGCACAGCAGAGAGGACGUGAUCGCAUCGGGUGUCCCGCAGGCUGAGGACAGGGUGCUGGAGUCACUACGGCAGGACUGGCAGGCUUACCAACACAGGCUGGCCGAGACCCGGGCACAGGUCAACACCAUGGUGAACAAGUUGAGGCUGAUGGAGCAGAUGCUUCAGCAGGUGGAUGACUGGCUCAGAAAAAUGGAGGAGAAAGUUAGUCUCAGGACCGAGCGCCAAUCUAACCGUGCCACCAAGGAGAUGCUCUUACACCAGAUGAAGAAGAGGCAUGAAGAGGUGUCAGCACACAGAGAUGAGGUUGAGGAGGUGGGAGCCAGAGCACAGGAGAUCCUGGACGAGACCCACGUGAGCAGCAGAAUGGGUUGCCAGGCCACCCAGCUCACCUCCAGAUACCAGGCCCUGCUUCUCCAAGUGCUGGAACAAAUCAAAUUCCUGGAGGAAGAGAUCCAGAGUUUGGAGGAGUCAGAAUUAUCCCUGAAUUCCUAUUCUGAUUGGUAUUGCUCCACUCAUAAGAACUUCAAGAACGUGGCUACCGAAAUCGAUAAAGUAGACAAAGCAAUCAUGGGGAAAAAAUUGAAGGCACUGGAGGUUUUGUUAAAAGACAUGGAGAAAGGCCACAGCUUGCUGAAAUCAGCCCGGGAGAAAGGAGAGAGGGCUAUGAAGUUCUUGGAGGAAGGAGAGGCAGAGAUGCUAAGGAAAGACAUCCAGGAUCGUGUGGAGCAGCUGAAGGACCUGACCAGCACUGUCAGGAAGGAGCACAUGACUCUGGAGAAAGGUCUUCAUUUAGCAAAGGAAUUUUCAGAUAAAUGCAAAGCCCUGGCUCGGUGGAUAGCAGAGUACCAGGAACUCCUACACAGCCCUGAAGAGCCCAAAAUGGAAUUAUAUGAGAAAAAAGCCCAGUUAUCUAAAUACAAGUCACUACAACAAAUGGUGCUGUCCUAUGAACCUUCAGUAAACUCCGUGCGAGAGAAGGGUGAAGCUCUUCUGGAACUCGUGCAUGAUGUUACUUUAAAGGAAAAAGUAGAUCAACUUCAAAGUGACUAUCAGGACCUCUGCAGCAUAGGGAAGGAUCGCGUGUUCAGUCUGGAGGCAAAAGUCAAAGACCAUGAAGACUAUAACAGUGAGCUUCAAGAGGUGGAAAAGUGGCUCCUGCAGAUGUCCGGCCGGCUGGUGGCACCUGACCUGCUGGAGACAAGCAGCCUAGAGACAAUCACCCAACAACUGGCCCACCACAAGGCAAUGAUGGAAGAAAUUGCUGGUUUUGAAGACCGUUUGAACAACCUUAAAAUUAAAGGUGACACUUUGAUCAGCCGAUGUGCAGACCACCUGCAAUCGAAGCUGAAACAGAGCGUGCAGUCUCAUCUGCAGGGCACAGGGGACAGUUACUCGGCCAUCUGCAGCACAGCCCAGAGGGUGUACCGGAGUUUGGAACAUGAACUUCAGAAGCAUGUCAGCCGACAAGACACCCUGCAACAGUGCCAAGCCUGGCUUUCCGCAGUCCAGCCAGACUUAAGACCAAGCCCGCAGCCACCUCUGAGUAGGACAGAAGCUGUUAAGCAGGUCAAACACUUCAGAGCUUUGCAAGAGCAGGCAAGAACCUACUUGGAUCUCCUGUGUUCCAUGUGUGACUUGUCAAACUCUUCAGUGAAAAACACAGCAAAAGACAUUCAGCAAACAGAGCAAAUGAUUGAGCAAAGGCUGGCCCACGCUCAGAAUUUAACUCAGGGCUGGGAGGAGAUCAAGCAACUGAAGGCUGAGUUGUGGAUUUAUCUCCAGGAUGCUGAUGAGCAGUUACAGAACAUGAAGAGGAGGCACUCGGAACUGGACUUAAAUAUUGCCCAGACCAUGGUUUCCCAAGUAAAGGAUUUUGUGAAGCAACUGAAGUGCAAGCAGUCAUCAGUGAGCAGCAUCGUAGAAAAGGUGAAUAAGUUAACGAGAAGGCAGGAGUCACCUGAGCACAAGGAAAUCAGCCACCUCAAUGAGCAGUGGCUGGACCUGUGCCUUCAGUCAGACAAGCUGUGCCUGCAAAGAGAAGAGGGUCUUCAGAGAACAAGCGACUACCAUCACCGGAUGAAUGUCGUCGAGGCCUUCUUAGACACCUUUACUACAGAAUGGGAUAGCUUGGCCAGAUCCGAUGCAGAGAGUACAGCUGUCCACUUGGAAGCUCUGAAAAAGUUGGCGCUGGCAUUGCAGGAGAGAAAGUAUGCCAUCGAGGAUCUGAAAGAUCAAAAGCAGAAAAUGAUAGAACAUCUGAGUUUAGAUGACAAAGAAUUAGUCAAAGAACAGACCAGUCAUUUUGAGCAACGCUGGUUCCAGCUUGAAGACCUUGUUAAAAGGAAAAUCCAAGUGUCAAUCACCAACUUGGAGGAGUUAAAUGUGGUGCAGUCCAGAUUUCAGGAGCUGAUGGAGUGGGCAGAAGAGCGACAACCCAACAUUGCAGAGGCACUUAAGCAGAGCCCCCCUCCUGACAUGGCUCAGAACCUGCUCAUGGAUCACCUGGCCAUCUGCAGUGAGCUAGAGGCUAAACAGAUGCUCCUGAAAUCCCUCAUAAAGGACGCCGACAGGGUGAUGACUGAUCUCGGCCUCAACGAGCGGAAGUUGGUCCAGAAGGCACUCUCGGAUGCACAGAGGCAUGUGAAUUGUCUCAGUGACUUAGUGGGCCAGAGAAGAAAGUACUUUAACAAGGCCCUAUCCGAGAAAACCCAGUUUCUCAUGGCAGUGUUCCAGGCGACCAGCCAAAUCCAGCAACAUGAGCGGAAGAUCACGUUCCGUGAGCACAUCUGUCUGCUUCCAGACGAUGUGAGCAAGCAAGUGAAAACGUGCAGGAGUGCCCAAGCCAGCCUCAAGACGUACCAGAGUGAAAUCACUGGACUUUGGGCGCAGGGUCGCGAGUUAAUGAAGGGAGUCACAGAGCAGGAAAAGGGUGAGGUGCUGGGGAGACUUCAGGAGUUGCAGACCAUCUAUGACUCUGUUUUGCAAAAGUGUAGUCAUCGGUUACAAGAGCUAGAGAAGAAUUUGGUGUCUAGAAGGCAUUUUACAGAAGAUUUUGAUAAAGCUUGUCAUUGGCUCAAACAAGCAGAUAUUGUGACAUUUCCUGAAAUCACCCUCAUGAACGACAGUACCGAGCUUCACACCCAACUGGAGAAAUACCAGCUCAUCCUCGAGCAAUCUCCCGAGUAUGAAAACCUUCUACUCACCCUGCAGAGAACUGGGCAGGCCAUGCUACCAUCACUGAACGAGGUCGAUCAUUCCUACCUCAGUGAAAAGCUAAAUGCAUUGCCCCAACAAUUCAAUGUCAUUGUUGCCUUGGCUAAAGACAAGUUCUAUAAAGUCCAAGAAGCAAUUCUUGCUCGGAAAGAAUAUGCUUCUUUGAUCGAAUUGACAACACAAUCUCUGAAUGCUGAAGAUCAGUUUUUGAAGAUGAGGACAGUGCCUAGCGACCUGGUCAUUGAAGAGAGCCUGUCUCUUCAAGAGAGCUGCAGAGCCCUUCUGGGGGAGGUGGUGGGCCUCGGGGAAGCAGUGGAUGAGCUGAACCAGAAGAAAGAAAGUUUCCGCAGCACUGGUCAGCCUUGGCAACCAGACAGGAUGCUGCACCUAGUCACCUCGUAUCACAGGUUGAAGCGACAAGCAGAACAGAGGGCAAACUCCUUAGAAGAUGUCACAAGUGGGUACCAAGAGCAUGCAAAGAUGUGCCAGCAGCUAGAGAGACAGCUGGAGGCCGUGAAAACAGAGCAGACCAAAGUGAACGAGCAAACAUUACCUGCAGAGGACAAGCUCAAAAUCUAUCACUCCCUGGCAGGAAGUCUGCAGGACUCAGGGAUUUUGCUUAAAAGAGUGGCCGUGCACCUGGAGGAUCUCUCCCCACACCUUGAUCCCAUGGCUUAUGAGAAAGCCCGGUGUCAGGUCCAGGCCUGGCAGGAAGAGCUAAAGCAGUUGACCUCUGGCAUUGGCGAGACCGUGGCAGAGUGUGAGAGUCGAAUGGUGCAGAGCAUAGACUUCCAGACAGAAAUGAGCCGCUCCCUGGACUGGCUGCGGAGGGUGAAGGCUGAGCUCAGUGGCCCGGUGUGCCUGGACCUCAGCCUUCAGGACAUCCAAGAGGAGAUCAGGAAGAUCCAGAUGCACCAGGAGGAGGUGCAGUCCAGCCUGAGAAUCAUGAGCGCCCUGAGUCACAGGGAGAAGGAGAAGUUCACGAGAGCCAAGGAGCUGAUCUCCGCUGACUUGGAACACACGCUGGCGGAGCUCUCGGAGCUGGACGGGGAUGUCCAGGAAGCCUUACGCAGCCGGCAGGCUACCUUGACAGAAAUAUAUGGUCAGUGUCAACGGUAUUAUCAAGUAUACCAGGCAGCUAAUGACUGGCUUGAGGAUGCCCAAGAAAUGUUACAGCUGGCAGGCAAUGGGCUGGAUGUGGAGAGCGCAGAGGAAAAUCUCAAAAGUCACAUGGAGUUUUUCAGUACAGAGUGUCAACUCCACAGUAAACUGGAGGAGCUCCAAGGCCUGGUGGCCAAACUGGACCCACUCAUCAAGUCAACUGGGAAAGAAGAGCUUGCACAGAAAAUGGCCUCACUGGAGGAGAGGGGCCAGAGGAUCAUUCAGGACUCCCAUGCCCAGUCAGACCUCCUGCAGAGGUGCACUAUUCAAUGGCAAGAUUAUCAAAAGGCAAGAGAAGAGGUUAUUGAAUUGAUGAAUGAGGCAGAAAAGAAAUUGUCUGAGUUUUCUUUGUUGAAGACUUCUUCUAGUCACGAAGCAGAAGAAAAACUGUCAGAGCACAAGGCUUUAGUGUCAGUAGUUGACUCUUCCCAUGAGAAAAUUGUGGCUCUAGAGGAAAAGGCUUCACAACUGGACAAAACUGGAAACGACGCAAGCAAAGCGACCCUCAGCAGGUCCAUGACCACUGUCUGGCAGCGCUGGACAUGUCUCCGUGCUGUGGCCCAGGACCAGGAGAAGAUACUGGAAGAUGCAGUGGAUGAGUGGAAAGGCUUGAACAAUAAGGUCAAAAAAGCCACUGAAAUGAUGGAUGAGUUGCAAGCUAAAUUACCCGAGAGCUUCGUGGAGAAAGCCUCAAAGGCAGAGCUCUUGGCCCUUCUGGAACGCCACGAGGUGUGCGUGCUGGAGCUGGAGCAGCAGCAGCUGGCCUUGGGCACACUACAGCAGCAAGUACGAGGGAUACUGCAGGACAGAGCUAGCCCAGGACCUGGGGAAGAGCCACCCAUCCUGCAGGAAAUCUCUGCAGUGCAGGACCGCUGCCUCAGCAUGCAGGAGAAAGUGAAGAACUAUGGAAAGGCAAUAAAGCAAGAGCUGCAGGAGCGGGAAGUGGUAGAGUCUCAGAUCAACUCUGUGAAAGCCUGGCUGCAAGAGACGAAGGAGUAUUUAGAGAACCCAACAAUGGAAGUAGACGCUCAGCUGGAAGAGCUACAGAUCCUCCUAACAGAAGCCACAAAUCACCGGCAGAACGUUGAAAAGAUGGCUGAAGAUCAGAAGAAUAAGUACUUGGGUCUUUACACUAUAUUACCUUCUGAGAUCUCCCUUCAGUUAGCUGAAGUGGCACUGGACCUAAGAAUUCAUGAUCGGAUCCAAGAUAAAGUAAAAGAAAUUGAACAGAGCAAAACCAUGAGUCAGGAAUUCAGCCGGCAGAUUCAGAAGGUAGCCAAAGAUCUCACAACUAUCCUAACGAAGCUGAAAGCCAAAACUGAUAAUUUGGUUCAAGCUAAAACUGAUCAAAAGGUUCUGGGAGAGGAGUUAGAUGGCUGUAAUUCAAAGUUAAUGGAAUUAGAUGUAGCCGUACAAAACUUCUCGGAACAGAAUGGCCAACUGGCCAAGCCGUUGGCCAAGAAGAUAGGAAAACUGGCUGAAUUUCACCAGCAGGCUGUUAGGCAGGCUGAGAACCGGCUCUCCAAGCUCAAUCAGGCAGCAUCACACUUAGAAGAAUACAAUGAAAUGCUUGAAUUAAUUUUGAAGUGGAUUGAGAAAGCUAAAGUCUUGGUACAUGGAAAUAUUGUAUGGAAUUCUGCAAGUCAACUUCGGGAACAAUACAUUUUGCAUCAGACCCUGCUAGAAGAAGCUGAAGAAAUUGACAGCGAUCUGGAAGCAAUGGCUGAGAAAUUACAGCAUCUCGCUAGCGUGUAUUGUACAGAAAAGAUGUCUCAGCAAGUGACAGAACUGGGCCGGGAGACUGAGGAGUUACGGCAGAUGAUCAAAAUUCGUUUGCAGAAUCUCCAAGAUGCAGCCAAGGACAUGAAAAAAUUUGAAGCUGAGCUGAGAAACUUGCAAGCUGCUUUGGAACAAGCCCAGACAACUCUGACUUCUCCAGAGGUUGGGCGCCUUAGUCUCAAGGAACAACUGUCUCAUCGUCAGCACCUGCUGUCUGAGAUGGAGUCCUUGAAGCCGAAGGUGCACGCCGUGCAGCAGUGCCAGAGCACGCUCCGGAUCCCCGCGGAGGUGGUAGCCAGCCUGCCACUGUGCCACGCUGCUCUGCGGCUGCAAGAGGAGGCCAGCCAGCUGCAGCACACAGCCAUCCAGCAGUGCAACGUCCUGCAGGAGGCUGUGGUGCAGUAUGAACAAUAUGAACAGGAGAUGAAGCACCUGCAGCAGCUGAUAGAAGGAGCUCACAGGGAGAUUGAGGACAAACCUGUGGCCACCAGUAACAUCCAGGAGCUACAAGCCCAGAUUUCUCGGCACGAGGAGCUGGCGCAGAAAAUCAAGGGCUACCAGGAGCAGAUCGCCUCGCUGAACUCCAAGUGCAAGAUGCUGACGAUGAAAGCCAAGCAUGCCACCAUGCUGCUGACGGUGACCGAGGUGGAGGGGCUGGCGGAGGGGACCGAGGACCUGGAUGGGGAGCUCCUCCCUGCGCCCUCAGCACACCCCUCUGUGGUCAUGAUGACUGCAGGUCGCUGUCACACUUUGCUGUCACCUGUCACUGAAGAGUCUGGGGAGGAAGGAACCAACAGUGAGAUUUCCUCUCCACCUGCCUGUCGCUCCCCUUCACCUGUGGCUAAUACAGAGGCUUCUGUUAACCAGGACAUCGCUUACUACCAGUCCCUGUCUGCUGAGAGACUACAGUUGGAUGCUGCAAGGAUUCACCCUAGCACAACAGCCUCCCAGGAGUUCUAUGAACCAGGGUUAGAGCCAUCUGCCACCACCAAACUGGGUGAUUUGCAGCGCUCUUGGGAAACCUUAAAAAAUGUGAUCAGUGAAAAGCAGCGCACCCUCUAUGAAGCUUUGGAACGCCAACAGAAGUACCAGGACUCCCUCCAGUCCAUCUCCACAAAAAUGGAGGCCUUGGAGAUGAAGCUGAGUGAGAGUCUGCAGCCUGGCAGGAGCCCGGAAAGCCAGAUGGCUGAACAUCAGGCGCUGAUGGAUGAGAUCCUCCUGCUGCAGGAUGAGAUCAACGGGCUCCAGUCGUCUCUUGCAGAGGAGCUGGUGGCCGCAUCUCGGGAGUCCGACCCCGCCGAGCAGCUGGCCCUGCAGUCCACACUCACUGUCCUGGCCGAGCGGAUGUCCACCAUCAGGAUGAAAGCGUCAGGGAAGAGGCAGCUGUUGGAGGAGAAGCUAAAUGAUCAGCUGGAGGAGCAGAGACAGGAGCAAGCCUUGCAGAGGUAUCGCUGUGAGGCUGACGAGCUGGACCACUGGCUCUUGAGCACCAAAGCCACUCUGGACGUAGCGCUUGGCACACCCCAGGAGCCCAUGGACAUGGAGGCCCAGCUGGUGGAUUGCCAGAAAAUGCUGGCGGAGAUAGAGCAGAAGGUGGUGGCUCUCUCUCAGCUGUCCGUCCACAAUGAAAACCUGCUACUGGAAGGCAAGGCACACACAAAGGAUGAGGCUGAGCAACUGGCCGCGAAGCUGAGGAUGCUCAAAGAGAGCCUCCUGGACUUGCAGAGGGCCCUGCACGACAAGCAGCUCAACAUCCAGGGAGCCACAAAAGAAAAGGAGGAGAGUGAUGUUGACCCCACAGCCACUCAGAGCCCCGGCAUGCAGGAAUGGCUGGCUCAAGCCCGCACCACGAGGACCAUCCAGCGUCAGAGCAGUCUCCAGCAACAAAAAGAGCUGGAACAAGAACUGGCAGAACAGAAGAGUCUCCUCCGCUCCCUGGCCAGUCGUGGUGAGGAGAUUCUGAGCCAGCACCUGGCUGCAGAGACUUCAGGUGGCCGCGGUGAAAAACCUGCUGUGCUAUCCCAGAAGUUGGGGAUGGAAGGGGAGACAUCAUCUGCAGAAGACCAGAUGAGAAUGAAAUGGGAAAGUCUCCAUCAAGAAUUCAGUACCAAGCAGAAACUGCUACAGAAUGUUCUGGAACAGGAACAAGAACAAGUGCUCUACAGCAGACCGAACCGACUGCUGUCUGGUGUACCACUGUAUAGAGGGGAAGGACAAACACAAGAUAAAUCCGCAGUGACGUCAUUGCUGGAUGGGCUGAACCAGGCCUUCGAGGAAGUUUCAACUCAGGGUGGAGGGGUGAAAAGGCAGAAUAUCCACUUGGAACAGAAGUUAUAUGAUGGGGUGUCAGCCACCUCGACUUGGUUGGAUGAUGUUGAAGAGCGGUUGUUUGUUGCCACAGCGCUUUUACCAGAAGAAACUGAAACUUGUAUCUUCAACCAAGAGGCUCUUGCCAAAGACAUUAAGGAAAUGUCUGAAGAAAUGGAUAAGAACAAGAACUUAUUUUCCCGAACUUUCCCUGAGAACGGUGACAAUCGGGAUGUCAUUGAAGAUACUCUUGUCUGUCUUCUGGGCAGAUUAUCCUUGCUAGACUCAGUAGUGAACCAACGAUGCCAUCAGAUGAAGGAAAGACUUCAGCAAAUACUAAAUUUCCAGAAUGACCUGAAGGUGCUGUUCACAUCACUGGCUGACAACAAGUACAUCGUUCUGCAGAAGCUGGCAAAUGUGUUUGAACAGCCUGUGGCAGACCAAAUAGAGGCAAUACAGCAGGCUGAAGAGGGACUAAAGGAACUGGAUGCUGGGAUCAAUGAAUUGAAAAGGCGUGGUGACAAAUUGCAGAUGGAGCAGCCAGCCCUGCAAGAACUCUCCAAGCUCCAGGACAUGUAUGAUGAGCUCAUGAUGACCAUCAGCUCCCGCAGGAGUGGUCUCAACCAAAAUCUUGCUCUCAAGAGUCAGUACGAAAGGGCCUUGCAAGACUUGGCCGACUUGCUAGAAACUGGACAAGAAAAGGUGGCCGGAGACCAGAAAAUCAGCGUGUCUUCCAAAGAGGAAAUCCAACAACUACUCGACAAGCAUAAG